AUGGCACAAGAUCAUGAGACAUCUCCAACUUCUAAUCGAAUACUCGAAGUACAAACUCGUGUUUUUGAUUUGACGACCGCAACAUUUGUCGCUAAAGCCAACAAUAGUGGUUCCAGCCCUACAUAUCACAACUUCCUGAGUCUAUCAACUGGACGUAAGAAGAAGAAGAGGGAUGAGCGGAACCACCUCUGCGCCCGAAAUCUACGUCCAAAUUUCUCUUCCGCGGACUCCUUCACCGCGUCAGAUUCGUGGUAUGCUGCUUUAAUUGUCCGAAAGAAGAAACUGCAUAGGAAACGGAGUUCGUUCCCACGAAGACGGUUAAGGGCAAUUGAGCGAGGCCACGUAUACGAGUCCGAGGUGCCAACUUAUCAAUUCCGAAAGAAGGAACCAGCCGGUGUCUUCGAACCAUCGACUGCUGCGGAGAACGGUAAAGAGGGUCCCGGCGGAUUGUCCACGAAUGCCUCCGAGACAUUACGAAGGUAA